CAGCAGUACCAUUACCAUGAGUUUACAGUGACGGUGCUCGCUAGCGACUGCGUAAAUGAUUUCUAUGGAGAAUAGUACAGCGCCGUCGGCGGUCACUUAUAGAACUAAAAAUCGGCAGUAUGAGUUCAACGCUAGCGAUUACUUUUCGAUAGGUAUUUUACCUAGCUCGCUAGCGAGUAACGUUUGUAGCUGUUGCCUAUAGAAAUUGGUACCAUGAGUCACAUUUUUGACAUACGCUAUCGAGCAAUACGUUAUCGACUGUAGUAAUCUAUUUCACUGGCAUAUUGGAGCGUGAAAACUUAUUAGAAUUCGUGUUAUAGUAUAUUUUCUUAUCAUUAUUUAUGUAAAUAAUGUCAGCAAGGCAUUAUUUGGCAUGGGAUAUGUUAGCGAAAGCUGCAUAUGAAGACGAACGACAUGAACAAGGAAAAUAUCAAGCCGAUAUGAGAAAAAUAUUAAGAAACCCACUUCAACACAUAAGUGAGAAUAAUUUUAUUAAAGAAUAUAGGCUCAGCAAGGAAGCUUUUGAGGAUUUGUGUGAUUUGUUAAUAAAUCAUGCGGAUUUGAAAUCCACUCAAAGAGUGUCAGUGGAAUCAAAGUUAAGUAUAAAUUCUAUAAAAGUGUUAAGAACUUAUACAUUUUAUUUGACAUUUAUGAGUGUUAUUUUGUAAUUAACCAACAAACUAACUCUUGCAGGUUUUAUGUGCAUUACUAUUUUAUGCACAAGGUAGUUACCAACGCAUGACUGGCAAGGCACACCAUUUUUCGCAGGAAGCAAUGAGUGUUUACAUUGAAGAGGUAACAGCCGCGUUGAACCACCCCAAUAUUCUAAAAAUGUUUAUACAUUUUCCAACCACACGCGAAGAAAGAGAUGACAUUAGACAAAGUUUUUUCAAUAAAUAUGGAAUCCCAGGGGUGAUAGGAAGCAUUGACUGCAGCCACUUCAAGAUAUUUACACCCAAAAAGGAAGAAGAACACUUAUAUUUCUGUAGAAAGCAUUAUCACUCAACGAAUGUACAAAUGAUAUGUGAUAACGAUUGUAAAAUUUUAUCCAUUAAUGCUAAGUUUGGAGGUGCAGCCCAUGAUUCUUUCAUAUGGGAAAAUAGUAAUGUUAACAAUUAUAUACAGUCCUUACACAGGCGUAAUGAAAUUGUCUGGCUUUUAGGUGAUUCUGGUUACCCUCAACGGCCAUGGCUGAUGACACCAUAUUUGAACCCAACUCCCAACUCUGUUGAAGAAAAUUUCAAUGCAGCCCACACUUCUGCAAGAGUUGUCAUUGAAAACACUUUUGGGCGAUUGAAGAACCGUUGGCGCUGUGUACACCGAGAUAGGAAUUUACAUUAUAGGCCAGAAAAGUGCUCACAAAUUAUUAUAGCAUGUUCUGUGCUACACAACAUUGCCUUAAAGUACAAUGUUCCGGAUCCCGAAGAGAUACGUGAACAAGAUCAAGAAUUUCAUCGAGCGGAAGUGGUGUUGGAAAAUGGAGGUGCUAGCGAUUUAUUAAUGGGGAGAGCACUACGGGAUCAGUUAGAAGACUUGCAUCAAGGCGGUCAUAGUAUAAUUGUUUAA